AUGGAAGGGGUGGAAAGAGCCUCCGCCGCCGCCUCUUCUGCUGCUGCCGCGGGCGGUGAAUGGACCGGGCGAAGAGACGGGAUAGCUCAGGGUCAAACCGCCUUCAGACUCGCUUCUCAACAGCACGGAUCGCUCGCGCCAGACGAGGGUCGAUACACGGACAGGAUCUCUCCCAAUGCCUUGAAUCACACACUGCGAUCGACGCCGCCGCAGCAAAUUCCUGCAACGUACAGGCUCUCUCCGAACGCCACGGACCAUACGCUGCGAUCGCCGCCGCAGCAACGACUGCACUUUCAGGGGAUGCAAGCGCCCGGGCAGACUCAACUCGCGGCCUUCCCUCACAGGUUAUCCCCUCCCGCUGCUGCGUCUCCCCUCGGCUCGCCGGGCUGGCAGCACCGCGGGAACGACAGCCCGUCGUCUGGUAACCAGUCCGCCGGUUAUUCGUCCGGCAAGUCAGCGGCAGGGUCUGGGAGCACGGCGUGUGGUUCGCGAUCGUCGCUGCAGCCGCGGCUGGACGAUGCGGAUCUCACGAGUGUACUUUGGGAGAGUCGGUCUAGGUGCAUUGUAUCUGGCGCUGGCGCUGGCGCUGGCGCUGGCGCUGGCGCUGGCGCUGGUGCUGCGAGUGCGUCGGGAGGGUUUCAGGGCGAUGGGAGUGCGCAUGGUGGUCAAGUAGGUCGAUCAGACGGCAGCGUGCUCGGCGAUCAAUUGGGGCAACGAGACGGCAGCGUGCACGGCGGUCAAUUGGGUCAACGAGACGGCAACGUGCACGGCGGUCAAUUUAAUCAAUUAGACGGCAGCAUGCACGGCGGUCAAAUCAGUCAACGAGAUGGCAGCGUGCACGGCGGUCAAAUGAGCCAACGGGACGGCAGCAUGCACGGUGGUCAACUUAGUCAACGAAACGGCAGCGUGCACGGUGGUCAAAUUAGUCAACAAGACGGCAGCCUGCACGGCGGUCAAAAUAGCCAACGAGACGGCAGCAUGCACGGCGGUCAGGUGACUCUUAGGGAGGGAAGUCUGCAUGGCGGUCAAACGAGUCAACUGGGCGGCAGCACGCAUUGGGGUCGUCAACUGAGUCAUUUAGGCGGCAGCGCGCAUGGUGGUCAGCUGUUUCAACCGGACGGCAGUGUACACGGCGGUCAAGCGAGUCAACUGGGCGGCAGCGUGCAUGGCGGUCAAGCGAGUCAACCAGGCGGCAGUGUGCACGGCGAAACCAACCCUGCACGCGGCGACCACCUAGCCCGCCUUCACGCGAGCAGCAGCGUGCACGGCGGCGGCUUUUACACCAGCGGCCUUGCCUCGGGAGGCCUCUACGGCAGCGCGCUCCAUUUCCCCAAGUCCAGUGCACACAGCGUAAGGGGCAGUGCAGGGGGCAGCGCGCAAGGUAGCGCGCAAGGCAGCGCACGGGUCAGCGCGCAGGGGAGCAAUGAAGCCAAAAGGGGCGUCCACGGUUUCGGGGGCAGUGCCCAAAGAUGCAUUCCGCCCCGCGCUAGUACUGUUCACGGUGGUAACCUGUACUCCGCGAGCAUGCACGCCUCGCACAGCUAUGACGGCCGGGAUUUUCACUUCAACGACCGUCAGCACGGCCGUCAGCAGGGCCGUCAGCAGGACGGCCAGCAGGGAAGGUCAAACGCGAGGGAGGGCUUGCAUGGGAAGGCGAAUGUCUUGAACGGCACGCAGGCUGGGUUUGGGAGCAUGCACCAAGCGGGUGGGAGUGUGUAUCAGGGCGAUGGGAGCGUGCACCAAGCGGGAGGAAGUGUGCAUCAAACGGACGGGAAUGUGCAUCAGGCCGAUGGGAGCGUGCACAAAGGGGUUGGGAGUGUGCAUCAAACGGAUGGGAGCAUGCACAAAGCAGAAGGGAGCGUGCAGCAGGCUGAUGGGAGUGUGCACUGCGUGGGCGUGGGCGCUAGCGCUAGUGUCCUCGCCAAGCUGCGGCUGGAAGGCGGGGAUCGGUUGAAUGCGGUGCCUGGGAGUUCGGAGGCCGCUGUGCGUGGUGGUGGACUUUUCGGGAGUGUCUUUGGCCCAGGGUUCGGCCCUGGGGCUGGCUUUUCCAGGGGAGAAUUUUCUGGGGCUGGCGUUUCAGGGACGGGCGUUUCUGGGAUUGGUUCUUGCGAGGCUAACGAGGGUUUUGGUCGAAGUGGGUGGGAGCGAGGGCUUGGCGCUGCUGCUGCUUCUGGUGCUGCUGGCGCUGCUGCUGGUGCUGCCGGUGCCAGUGGGUUUGAGAGCCUUACGGAUCUGGAAAAGGCGUUCACGUCAAUCCAUGGGCAUGGGCAAGAGCAAGCACGUGACAUCAGCCAAAUCACAAACCCAGGCUUAGUAGCUGCGAAGAGCAGCGUGAAGGCAGAAGCACAUGUGACAAUUGGGGAGGACCUAGAUUCGGAAAGAAACGUGGGCAUGGGGAAAGGUACGGAAAUGAAAGGGGCGAAGGGUAUGGAAGGAAUGGAAGGAGCAGCGGACGCGUUAAAAGCUGACGCGAUAGCAGCAGACGCAGCAGACGCGGUAACAGCUGCGGCCGAGGACAUGGGGUUUGACGCCCUGGCGGAGUAUUUAAACUUCCCUGACGAUGACCUCCCCUGGUCCAGUCUUCAAGGCUGGGAUGAGCUGAUGCUGGGAGGCAGUGGAGGGGGGGACGCAGGGGGGGGAUUGAUGGGGGGCGGAGAGGCAGGCGCGGAAGGGGGAUGGAAUGGGGGCGGAGGCGGAAGCGGACCAGGAGGAGGAGCAGGAUUAGGAGCAGGAGCAGGCGUAGAUGCAAGGGGCGGAGCGGGGGGAGGGGCAGGGGCAGGUCUGGAAGGAGGCUCGGCUGCAGGUGCUGGAAUGCUUGCUGGUUCGGCUGGAGGAGGUACGGAUAUGGAGGGAACAGAGGAUGACGUCAUGUGCCGCGGGCACUUGGCACUGACUGCUGACGUGUGCGUGCGUGGUGGCAUGCUCAUGUCUCUACUGGCUGACGUCACAAGGCUUGGAGGUGGGGGCGGCGGAGGAGAGGGAGGGGAGGGGCAGGCAGGGGCAGGGGGGUUUGAUAGCUUGGAUGGGCUGGGGCACUUUGGAGGGGAAGCGGUUUCUGCUUCUGCAGACAGCAGCGGCGCUACAACCGGCAGUGCUGACGCGUCAGCUAGCGCUGGCGCUACAGCUAGUGCUGACGCAACUGCCAGUGGUGACGUGGACAGCGCUGACGUCAGCGCUGGGGAUGAUGACAGGGGCGAAAUGUACAUGGGGGGCGGAAUAAGGGCGCAGGACGGUGGGGCGUCAGGGAGUAACGACGUGUACAGUCACCAACACGGUUUCUACAACGGAGCAGUAUCAGUCCACGCUAACCGCGGCUACUGCUGCAUGGGAGGGAGAGGCUGCACCGGCGGCCCCUCCUGCCACCACAACCGCGUGCCUCCCGCUCUAUUUAUGAUGGCAGCUGCUGCCGCAGCAGGCACGGGAAUGAUACCCAUGGGUGCCGUGGGUGCUUACAGGCAGCAGCUGCAGCUGCAGGGGAGGCUGGUGAAGCGGGUAGAGCCUCCUGUGAAGAGGAAGCGGGGCAGGCAGAAGAAGGUCCCUUCGAAGAAUGGGCCGUGUGGGGCGACGACGAAUUUAAGAGCGCUGGUUCCGAGGUCUAUGUCUGGGGCAGGAGGAGCGGGAGGAGAAGGGGCAGGAGCAGGGGCAGGGGCAGGGGCAGCGGCAGGGGCAGGAGGGGUGGGAGGGGGGGGAGCAGCAGGUGUGGGGAUGCAAGCAGGGAAUGCUGGGGCGAUAGCAGCAGCGCGGGCAGCAUCAGGAGCAGCAGCAGCACCGAUGCAGAUCAUACAAACAUUUCCUCCCGGCCCGCCUGCCUUAUUCCCACACCAGUUGAUCCCAGCUCCUGCUCCUUCCCACCUGCCUUCCGCCGCAGCAGGUGUAACCCCAGGUGCUGCAACAGUGCCCAUGUUCUGGGGGCCUGUGGCAUGGAUACACCCCUCUGCUGCUGCCGCUGCUGCUGCUGCUGUUAAUGCUACUGGUGGCCCCUCACCUAUGCUUGUGUCUGGUGGUCAUGGCUUGCCAAUGCCUCUGCACAUGCAGCAGGCAGGGAUGGGAGGUAUGGGCGGGAUGGGGAUGGUCGGAGGGAUGGGUGGUGCUGACAUGGGGGUUGGAGGGAUGAUGGUACAGGCAGGGGGGCGGGGGCAUGAGGUAGCGGGAGUGGGUAGUGAUGGGAGGGUUCAUGGAGGCCUGAUUGGGAGUGGAAUGUCGCAGCCGGAUGGGACAACAUGA